AUGCAAACGGGUGCAAAAUGUGAGAGAGAGAGAGGAAGAGAUGGAGAAUACAAUAAUAAGAAAAGGGGAAGCAGAGAUUUGAGUUUAUUUGCGAGGAGAUCCGAUCAGAUCAGGAUGUUCAGACUGAGCCUCCUCAGCGUCCUGCUGCUGGCCCAGUCCUCCCAGUGCGCCCUGCUGGGCUGGGUGGAGUCUCCCGGUUAUCCCAGCGGCUACCCGCCUCACAGCAGCCUGAACUGGAGCAGGUGCGCCCCCAGAGGCCACACCCUGUCUGUCCGCCUGCUGCACCUGGACCUGGAGGACAGCCAGGACUGUGAGAACGAUGCUCUGAAGGUGUUCUCCAACGGAGGCCUGAUCUCCGUCCUGUGUGGAAACAAAGACUUGGAGGAGCUUCGGUCGGUGGUGAAUCCGACCCUGGUGUCGUCUGCGGGCGGCUGCCUCUCCAUCACCUUCCACUCCGACUUCUCCAACACCAAGAGACACACGGGCUUCAGAGGCUUCUACACCGUCCAAGACUUCGACGAGUGUGAGGACGACCCCAACAACCAGUGCUCCCAGUUCUGCCACAACUUCAUCGGAGGGUACCACUGUUCCUGUCGCCAUGGUUACCUCCUGGCCGAGGACAAGCACACAUGCACCGUGAGCUGCUCUGAGGAUCUGUCCGGUCAGAACCACGGGGAUGUCUCCAGCCCGUCCUGGCCCGGUUCCUACGCGGAGAACGCCGACUGUGUGUCCACUCUGUCGGUGGAGAACCACCAGCAGCUGGAGCUUCACUUCUCCGACGUGUUUGACGUGGAGCAGAGUCCUGACGGUCAAUGCAUCGACGCUCUCAGGGUUGAGACUCCGUCCAUCACUCUGGGUCCGUUCUGUGGUUCCUCUCCUCCCCCGUCCCCCCUCCUCACCCACUCACAUCACGUCCGGAUCCGAUUCACCUCCGAUGGCUUCGGCACCAACAGAGGCUUCUCUCUAAACUUCAGGACCAGAGGAAAGGUGUGUCCGGCAGCGGUGACAUCACACUCCACUGUGAGUCCUCAGCGAGCAGAACAUCAUCCGGGUCAGACGGUGACGGUGACCUGCAGCGUUGGACAUGUGGUGAACAGCCAGCACUGGGUCGACGCGCUGACAUCACAGUUUGAGGCGACCUGUGACGUCACAGGUACCUGGACUCCCAGCUACACCUGCGAACCUGUGGACUGUGGGUUUCCUAAUGUUCCAAAGGAUGGAAUUUUGCAGCUGGUCGGAUCAGAACCACCUCACACUCAGUACAAAGACCAGAUCCAGUUCAACUGCAGUUCAGAGUACUACAGGCUGGAUGGAGACGACACGUACAGCUGCAACGCCAGCGGGGAGUGGACGGCCGCCGACGGGACGACCACGAUGCCCGAAUGCACUGCAGUUUGCGGACAGACUGGAAGCUUCUUCUCAGGCGCAGGCAGGAUUUUGGGAGGCCAGGAAGCAAAGCUGGGACAAAUACCGUGGCAGCUUUUGAUAAGAAGACCCAACAGAGGAGGAGCGUCUCUGAUCAGCGACCGGUGGGCGGUAACAGCAGCUCAUGUUGUGGACGGAGUUGAGCAAACUUCUCUGGUCCUGUUCGGUGGGCUGGUAGAUGGACGGACAGCCGGCGGGCCGGGCGUCGCCGUCCUGCAGAGUGAGAGGAUCAUAAUUCAUCCCGGCUACGCUACAGGCACCAACAGUGGACGCAUUAACUAUGACAACGACAUUGCUCUCAUCAGAUUCGCCUCCAGAGUGAACUUUGGUCCAAACUUGCUGCCGAUCUGCCUGCCAGAACCGAACAGAGGAGUCUGGGAGAACGAGCAGGGAACAGUGUCCGGCUGGGGCAUGACGCACAAUCAACAAAAGUCACCAUUGUUAAAUUAUGCUCACAUUGUCGCUUACUCUCUGAACGAAUGUCAACAAACACCGACCUUCUCCAACAAAGCUGUGACGUUCACCAACAACAUGUUCUGUGCCGGAGCUCAUGGGAAGGACAGCUGCUAUGGAGACAGUGGAGGCCCGUUUGUUCUGCCCAUGUUGUCCUCAGAUGGAGGACCUUAUGUUCUGGCCGGGGUCGUGUCCUGGGGAGCCCCCUGCAGGGGCGGACACAACAAGGGCUACUACACCAAGGUGGAGAACUACGUUGAGUGGAUCAAACAAACCAUCCGGACCGAAGACGGAUCUACACUUUGUUAUAUUAAUGUUUCACCUGAAUGUGAGACAUUUGAUCCGAUGCAGCCGAUCAGGUCGCUCAUGGAAAAGUCAGAUCCAAAGAUGUACUGGAUCAUCUGGUUCCUGUGUUCUGUGUUGCUGUGUGAAUGCGGACCGCUGCCUGACCCGGACCCUCCGAUGUUCGGGGAGGUCCGGUCUCCCCGGUUCCCCCAGCCGUACCCCCCCAACCUGCAGCAGCAGUGGGAGCUGAGUGUUCCUGAAGGGUUCCAGAUCCGACUCACCUUCACCCACCUGGACAUCGAGGCGUCUGCAGGCUGCCACUACGACUCGCUCACAGUUCUGUACCAGGAAAAGCUUCUGGGGAAGUUUUGUGGUGAUGAGAACUCUGCUGACGGGCAUCACCCCGGCAACCACCCCAUCCUGUCUCCAGGCAACACUCUCACCCUCAUCUUCCAGACAGACAACAGCAACCCGGAGCGGCACCAGAACCUGGGCUUCUCCGCCCACUACCAGGCCACAGACGUGGAUGAAUGUUCGGCACCAGAACCUCCGGACCGGUCGGGCCCGCUCUGCUCUCAGAUCUGCCUCAACACUUUGGGUUCUUACCUGUGCUCCUGUCACCAUGGCUACGAGCUGCGAUCGGACCAACGCACCUGUGUGUUGUCCUGUGGCGGCGGGAUCUUUGACGAACCAGAGGGACACCUGUUCAGUCCCGGUUUCCCCGACACGCCGCCUCACGCUGUGUCCUGUCAGUACAUCAUUUCUGUAGAACCUGGCUUCACGGUGUCUCUGAACUUCACCGAUAACUUCCACAUCGAGAGCGUGGACACUGAGGACGGCUCAGUCUGUCUCCACCACUGGCUGCAGGUGACCCUCCCAGACAGAGAACCCGUGAAGCUCUGCGGCAGGUCGAGUCCAGGACUGAUGGAAACGAACUCCAGCACCGUGAGGCUCGACUACCACACUGAUGAUGCCGGACAGAGCCGAGGCUGGAGUCUGGACUACAGAACCCACAGAGUUCAGUGUCCGUUUCCUGGUGGAGUAGCUAAAGGCAGAGUCACCCCCAUCCUGAUGGAGUAUUUCUACAGAGACUACCUCCACGUCCGCUGUGACCUCGGAUACAAGCUGAUGAUGGAUGGUCAGGAGAUCCAGAGUUUCUCCACGAUGUGUCAGAGUUCUGGACGGUGGCACCUUCCUCUGCCAGAAUGUCACAUAAUCGAUUGUGGAGAACCUGAACCUCUGCUGAACGGAGCGGUGACGGUCCUGUCGGGCCUCCAGAACCAGUACCGUUCUGUUGUUCAGUACCACUGUAACGAACCUUUCUACUCACCUCUCGGAGGUGUGAACGUUAAUUUCACCUGCGAUGCAGACAGACAGUGGAGAUCCACCCACGACAUUGUUGACAGGAUGACAUGUUUACCAGUCUGUGGCCAGCCAACAGAACUCAUCUCUGGCUUCCAGAGGAUCAUCGGAGGCAGCGACGCUCCAGAGAAGACCAUCCCCUGGCAGGUGAUGCUGAGUGUGGAUGGAGGUAGAGGAGGAGGGAUGGUGAUCGCUGACCGCUGGAUCAUGACUGCAGCUCAUGUGCUGGUAAAAAAUGGAGAAAAGGUUGCACCUGAAACAGUUCGGAUCUACAUGGGACAGACUGAUGUUCAGACUCUGACAGACACGUUUGUGUUUCCAUCCUCGCUACACAUUCACCCCGGUUACAAAAACCCCAACCUCUUGACCUACAACAACGACAUCGCUUUGAUGAAACUGCAUCAACCGAUCACAUUCAACUCAUCUGUAAUGCCGCUGUGCUUGCCAGCAGAGGGCGCCACAUACCACACCGGCAUCAUGGGGCUGGUGUCAGGCUUUGGCAUCACCAUAGACCAGGGACGCAGGAUGUUAAGAAACAAGCUCAAAUAUGUGCAGAUUCCACUGGUGGAUCAGGAGACAUGCAGUAACUCAGUGUCUAUGUUCAAGAGGAUAAGGACCCACGUCCCGGACCUGACAGAGAACAUGUUCUGUGCUGGAGUCCCAGAGGGUUCUAAGGACUCGUGCCAAGGCGACAGUGGGAGCGCCUUCACCCUGAGAGAACAGGGACGGUUCUACGCUUCUGGCAUCGUCAGCUGGGGCAUCGACUGUGGAAAACAGGGAACGUACGGAGUCUAUACCAGAGUCACCAACUACCUGCCCUGGAUCAGUAAGAUCAUGCAGGAGAACGGAGACUGACUGGAGUUCAGAAUGUGAAUGAAACAAAAGUAAAAUAAAACCAGAACCAACUUAAA